AUGCGCUCCCUGCGGUCCUUCCACGCGGCGGUCGCGCUCGUGGCCGCCGGCGCGCGGGGCUACACGCAGAGGGAGCUCCUGCAGUUCCUGGGGUCACCGUCGCUCGGUGACCUGCAACGCACCGCGGCAACCGCGACCAAGCUUGUCGGCAAGCUCGGCGGCCUGACGUGGACGUGCGGCGUCCGGAUCGACCAGAGUUGGCCGCCCACACCGGAGUUCAUGGUGGCCGCCGCAUCUUCCGGCUGCGGCACUGCCUCUAAGCCUCUAAGGUGUCCAUUGACUUCUUGGACGCAAAGCAAGCGAGGCGGCAACGUCCUCCCUGCCGGCUCCGUCAACUUGACGACGGCGGUAGCCCUCGUCGACGCACUCGACUUCAAAGGGACGUGGUCCCAACUGUUCGAGCCUGUCGCGGCAGCAAGUCGCCAUCUUCCCUCGCUUCAGGACUCUGAAGCUGCCCCUACUACUGCAACAAGAACGAUGACGACGUGCAGCAAGCAACCGCAUUCUACAUGCUUCUAUUUCUCCCGGACAUCACCGCCGUCAGCGUCAAGCUCGCUGAUCUCUACAGCAACAUCGUCUUGA